CAACAGUAUGUUGUCGUUUGCAGAGUUGCAGAAUCUUUAACGAGUUCUCCCAAUUAACCCUUGGCACAUCAUUAAUAAUCCCCAUCUCUUCACAACUGUCUUCUCUCUUUUAUAAGUUUCUUGGUUGUAGAGCCCUCUUAAAACAACUUUCCAUUUUUAUCGUUCCCCAUAUAAACUCCUCAAACUGUCGCCGUCAGAUCUCCAUCUCUUACCCAAUCCUAACCGUGCACUUCUCUGCUCUUUACUCUCACUCUAACUUUCUCUCUCUAGCCCCCCAUUCGUGGAUCUCGUCACUCCUAAAUUCUGUAAUUGUUUACAUCUCUUUUUUUAUCUCUAAUAAGGAAUCCUUCCUAAAGAAAUCUUUUCAACCUGGUUUUUCCUAAUCGGAUUAUAUCCAUCUUUGAACCUUCUUGAUUUGAAGUCGGUUUUUGUUUCUUUCUUGAUUUCAACUCGAGGUUUUGUUUUCUCAUACGAAUCUUUCCUAAAUCCUUCUUUUCAGUUCCACUUCUCGUAAUCUAGUCACGAAUCUCAAAAAACUUUCUUGAUUUGAAGUUGGAUUUUUGUAUCUUUCUGGGUUUUGGUUUGUUUCCCUCAUUUCUUCUCCAAGAAUCCCCCCGACUCACUGUUUUCAACUUGGUUUCUGGGAAUCCAAUCAUAAGCUUGUAAUUUUCUUGAUUCCAACUAGGGUACUUCUCGUUUUGUUACUUGAAUUGGAUUAUGGAGGAUCGGAACUACAUCAACCAGUCGUCCCAGCGAGUUCACGGCAUGUCUGACAUCGUUUUCGAGUGCGUGUUAUCGUACAUACACGACACACGUGACCGGCAGUCCAUAUCUUUGGUCUGCCGGAGGUUAUGGCAACUCGAAGCUCAUACACGAAAACACGUAACAAUAGCGCUGUGUUACACGGCAACUCCUAAACAGCUCUCACGGAGGUUCCCGUUUCUAGAGUCCUUGACAAUAAAAGGGAAGCCACGCGCCGCCAUGUAUAACUUGAUUCCGGAGGACUGGGGUGGGUUUGCAACGCCGUGGGUGGAGGAGAUUGCGAAAUCUUUCAGUUGCAUAAAAACUGUGCACUUCAGAAGGAUGAUUGUAAAGGAUGAAGAUCUUGAACUGUUAGCCCGUGAGCGUGGGUCUGUUCUUCAGGUUCUUAAGCUUGAUAAAUGUUCUGGAUUUUCUACUGAUGGGCUUCGCCAUAUUUGUCGCUCUUGCAGGAACCUUAGAGUCUUGUUUUUAGAAGAGAGCCAAAUAUUAGAAAAGGAUGGAGAGUGGCUACAUGAGCUUGCUAUGAGCAACACAGGGAUAGGCGACUGUGAAAUCUUGGAGCUUGCUGGAUUCUUCAACCAUGCUAAUUCACUUGAAGAAUUUGGCGGGGGUUGUUUCAAUGAGCAAACCGAAGUGUAUAAUCAUGUGAUGUAUCCCCGAAGAGUGACCCACUUAGGUGUGAACUACAUGAGUACAAGUGAAACUAUCCUUGUGUUACCUUUUGCUUUUCGCCUCAAAAAACUGGAUCUUCUCUAUGCCCUUCUUGACACCGAAGACCACUGUCGCUUGCUCCAACGGUGCACCAGUUUGGAAAUACUUGAGACAAGAAACGUGAUUGGAGACCGAGGAAUGGAAGUUCUUGCGCGAUACUGCAAGAAGCUAAAACGGCUUCGAGUGGAGCGAGGAGCAGAUGAACAAGAAAUGGAAGAUGAAGAAGGUGUCGUUUCUCAAAGGGGAUUGACGGCAGUAGCACAAGGGUGUCUAGACUUAGAAUAUAUCGCAGUAUACGUAUCCGAUAUCACAAACGCAGCUCUAGAAACCAUGGGCAUGAACUUGAAAAAACUCAGAGAUUUCCGUAUGGUGUUGCUGGAACGAGAAGAAGUCAUCACAGAUUUGCCACUCGAUAAUGGAGUCCGAUCUUUACUCAGUGGGUGCCAACAGCUUAGAAGAUUUGCUCUGUAUCUCCGACCAGGAGGGCUAACGGACGUGGGUUUGGCUUAUAUUGGUCAAAACAGCCAAAAUAUAAGAUGGAUGUUGCUAGGGUAUCUAGGGGAAUCUGAUACUGGGAUUUUAGGGUUCUCGAGAGGAUGCCCUAGCCUGCAAAAGCUUGAAGUGAGAGGGUGUUGUUUUAGUGAACGUGCACUUGCGAUGGCUGUUUUACAGUUGAGGUCUUUAAGAUACUUAUGGGUACAAGGGUAUCGGGGAUCUCCGACUGGAUGUGAUCUGUUGGCAAUGGCGCGACCUUUUUGGAAUAUUGAGAUAAUUCCUCCAAGAAAGGUUAUUGGUGGAGAUGGUAAAGAGAAAGAACAUCAUGCACAUAUACUUGCUUAUUACUCGCUUGCUGGACCAAGAACAGAUUUUCCGCCUUCUGUCAUUCCACUUGACUCCAUUGCUAGAUAUGAAUAAACACAUGUACAUAGGGUUCAGAAUUUCAGUGAGGUAAAAGUGUUUGUCUUGAACACACGUCAUAAAUGGUCAUCCAUAGGCUGAUAUAAUUGGUUCUACUUUG